CUGCCCCUUCUCCCGCGGGCUGCAGGCAGCGGCUGCCGGCGUGGGGAGCCCCGCGAGUGAAGAGCGGCGAGCGCGGCCCAGUCCAACCUCCCCGCCGUGUGGCCAGUGUACGGUGGUGGCUUUACGCGGAGGGCCCUGUCCCGCUGGGAGGGUUCCGGUCCUGGCUGGGCUUCCCCCGUGCUCCCAAGGGAGCGGCUGUCGUACAGGGCGGGCGCUGGCCUUCAGACCCGUUCCCAUCUCCUUCGUUUCCUCCGUCUGUCGCGCGUUUAAAGCCUUAAGGCAGCUACGUGGUGCUUUGCAGAGAGGGAUUGCUGUAACGCCCAGGCAUUCGCGCUCCCGGCUGUACGGCGAGGCAGGCAGCGCCUGUGUCUCUCCGCACCCUUUUUGUCCCUAUAGGAUGCCGUGCCGCGGUGGGUGAUGGCGCUGUGGGCUCGGCACGUCUCCCGCUGGCGUUGCCUGCUGGGCACGGCCCGUGCUGAGCUCCCUCGGAGGCUGCGGAGCGGCGCUCGGGCCUGCCCGGGGCUCGGCCCUGCGGCGGUGCUGCCCGCGGGGCAGGACGCUGCUCCGGGCACGCUGCAGGCCUGCCGGCGGCUGGCUGUGGCAAGCUGCUCCCCGCCGGACAGCGCCAAGACGGGAUCCUUCUCUUCUCCCCAAAGUAACUUACGUUCAGUACAACAAGGACAAGCAAAAGUAGAAACAUUACCUGAUCUGGAUGCAAAAAUACUGGAGGAAGACUGGGAUGACAUCCCACCUUCAUCUGCUUUGGAAGUGAUUUCUGAGGAAGAAGCUGUACAGAUCAUUGCAGAACCACUUGUCCCCCUUCAGUCUUCCACGCUCCGAGAUUAUGUGGAUCACUCAGAAACCCUUGAGAAACUUGUCCACCUAGGAGUUGACUUAUCCCAAGUGGAGAAACGUCACAAGGCAGGUCAGCUCUUACUGACCUUGGACUUUGAGAAAGACGUAAAAAAGAUACUUCUGUUUCUUAAGGAUGUGGGUGUAGAAGACAAUCAACUGGGACCAUUCCUGACCAAAAAUCCAUACAUCCUUGGUGAAGAUCUGGAAGCUUUAGAAACUAGAGUGGCUUACCUAAAAUCAAAAAAAUUUGGUAAGUCAGAAAUUGCUCAGAUGGUCUCGAGAGCUCCAUAUUUGCUGUUGUUUUCAGUGGAAAGACUGGAUAACAGACUGGGUUUCUUCAAAAAUGAGCUUGGUCUCAGUGUAAAACAGACAAAAGACCUGGUAAUUCGUCUUCCAAGGCUACUGACUGGCAAAUUAGAGCCUGUAAAAGAAAAUCUUCAGAUCUGGAAAAGAGCUGCAAUCUUGGCACAUCUAACUGGGCAAACAAAAACACCACCUUCUUGCCAAUUGAAGGACCUUAGUUCGAUAUGGAAGUCUGGUUAUGUUAACUGGCAAGCACACCCACUUCAUGACUGAAAACAAGCUGCUUGUAAGUGUCACUGGAGGAUAGAAGAAAUGACUGAGUUAACAGACACUCUUGUAUGCUGAAUUCUUUCUCAACAACUCAAUGAAUUGCUUGCCAUUCUGCACUUUGGGAGGAGUGCUCAUGAUUUUAUUGAAAAAAUGUGUUGUGUUUUCCUUUUGGGAAAUCAUAAUUGAAGUCAAGGCAGUCUCUGAAAAUGACAUCUUACUUUAGACUUUAUUGAACUGCAAAAUAAAUUGAAUACACCACAUAUUCUAUACAUUUCUCUUUUAGGUUCAGCAGUCUUAAGUUGAAGACUAUAGAAACUAUAGUCUCUAUUAUAAAAAUGUAACUUGGAUAUAUUGGCCAAAGAGGUCACACAUUAGCAAAAGUAGGCACUAGCUGUUUGAUUGCUGUGUUUUACAGAGCUCAACAGCUGGAAGAAAGUCUCUUGACAGCUUGGUAUUGAAAAUGAUAAAGGACUCUUAAGGGAAAUUUUUUAUGCUUGUAACUGCCAUACAUAUGGAGACAUGGGUUUUUUUGUUCAUAUCUCAGACAAGCUGAAAGAUACAUAACAUUCACAGAAGUCAUCUUUGUUUUGGGGAUAUUCUAUAAACAAAUUGCACUUUAAAAUGAUAAAUAAUUUGUAUUGUCUGACUUGAGAAGCACUGAAGUGGCAGAUAUUUUUGUGGUUUGCAUUCUUGUUGCUGUGUGCAAAAGGAUAGAAGAAUUUUGCAUUAGUUUAUUUCAGUGGCACAUUAAGCUAAGUUUGCUGUAGCUGACUUGUGAAAAUUGUGCUCUU